AUGGAGACAUGUUUCACAGGGAUUACCGGAUAAACUAUCCGGAUGUCCGUUGUGUAGGGCCGUGGAAACCGCCGCGGUCGCAAGACCUCGGUUCGUCGAGAUGGAAUGGGCCGGCGUGGCCAAGGACAUUUAUGCAGGCACGGUCGAAGGCAGUUCGUGAAUCACAGCAGGACACCCCCUCGACACAAUCAAGGUGCUCCUUCAGAUCCAAGCUCAGCGCAGUAGCAUCGUGCGGACGUUCCAGUCGAUUGUCGUUGUGGACGGCGUGACCGGUCUGUACGAAGACCUUCUGUCGCCAAUCUUGUCCAACGCCCCCCAUCCAUGUCGCUUCAUUCGUUUAAGAGCAGGUGUCGGGCAAUUGGAUCAUUGACGAACGAAUCUAUGCCGUCAGCGCUACAGUGUGUCACCGGAUCACUGGCAGGAAUGUCCCAAGUCGUCGUUGCCGCACGGACCGAGCUCGUUAAGAUCACCAUGCAAGUGAACAAGACCACAGCCCUUCACAAUGCAUUGGCAUGCGCUCAAAGCAUGGCGUGCCAAUAUGGUGCAUACAAAGGACUGUACCGAGGAAAGGCUCUCACGGAAGUGCGCGACGUUCCCGCAUUUGGGUCGUACUUCUACGCGUAUAAUAUGAUGAUGCAAGCUUUGGCCGGCGGCGGCGACGAAGCAAACGAACACCGUUCAACUUUGUCAUGACUGGAGGGAUCGCCGACUCCGUGUCUUGAAUAAUGACUCACCUAAUCGACGUGGGCGAGUCAACGGCGCAGAGCCUGUGCGAAUGACUUCACUAGAGUGCAACUUCAACUCGGAC